AUGGAUCCUGCUUUGCUCCUGAGUCAGGAGGACAGUGCUGUGAACUGUCUGUCUGGGAUGUCGACUCAAAGCUGCUCAGAGAACACCCUGAAGUUUAUCUGUGAGUUUCAGCCCGAGCCUGGUCCACCGCAGGCGCCCGGAGAUGGGGAUUACAAUGAGUCUGUGUCGGUCAUUCUACCUGCGCAGUGCAGUGUCUACCAGCUACGGCUACGCAUCUGUAUGCAGGCACAGGAACAAAACUGCCAUCCAGACCCACUUGCAGUUCUGGACCCAGAGAAAUACACUCUGCUUUACACCAGGGGGGAAGACUGGUAUGAGGCCUAUGAUGACUGCCAAGUCGUCAGGACGUUAGACAUUCCAUGGUCAUGUGACGACACUGGGCGUCUGUUGGCGCACAUAGUAGUUAAACCACUAAUGGCAGUUGAUUCAGAGGAGAAGAUGAAACAGCAGCAGUUACUGGCUUACCUGAUUGGACACAAUCUAGAGAAAGAAGCGUCUGAUAGACUUGGUGAGCUCACAUUUACUCGCAGGAAACUGGCAUCUCCGAGAAGACAAGAGUUGAGGGAUCGGGAUGACAAGAUCUAUACCACAGAGCCUUGGAUAACGAGCACCCCCAUUCCAAAUGACCUACAGGACCAGCUUAACAGAAAUCUCCCUGUUAGCUUUCAUUACAUGAACAAGAUCAGCUUCAGCACACACGUGGCUUAUAGUACAACACCAAGUGUUCUACUUGACGUUUUCAGAAGGGUGAUGGUAGACCAGGGAAUUAAGUAUGACACUUCUGAUGGUCUGGUGUUGAAGGUCUCCGGGAGGGAGGAGUUUUUAUCUGGAGAAAGCCCCCUGCAUGAUUUCCUGUGGGUUCGACAGUGCUUAAAAAACAACCAGGACCUCCACCUCUCUGUUGUCCAUGUGUCGCACCUUGUCAGUGAGACUGUCAAGUAUGUGGACUGGGCUCUUGUUGAUGGUUCCAGUGGUCAGUUCAGCUCUCAUGAUGAUCUCCGCCUCGAAGGGAAGGAUUUGGAUGACAUUUUCAUGAUAUCACUGUGGGACUGCAACAGAAGACUUCGAGUGAAAUUGCUUGGCUUUGACAUCCCAAAACUCCCAAGCAAAUCCCCUCAGUCGGUCUAUGUGAAAGCCUCCAUACUUUAUGGUAACAAGGUUCUCUCUUCAGUGUCCUCCACAUCCAAGACCUUUGCAGAUGAAGUGCUGUGGAAUGAGUGGCUGGACUUUGAUGUUCUGCUCAGGGAUCUGCCUCGUGGUGCCAAACUGGGUUUCACUAUUAUUGGUAGUGGUGGUGACAUCUCCCCUGUAACCAAAGACCCAAAGUGUUCAGUAAACAAAGACUCAAGGUCGACUUUAGCUUCAGUCAAGGCAGCAGACCUGCAGAAAGGGAAGGGGAAGGUGCUCUACUUCGUCAAUCUUCUUCUCAUUGAUCACAGGUCCAUCCUGAGCCAGGGCCCCCACACAAUGCACAUGUGGUCCUUCCCUGACCUGGAGGAAGAGGCCAUCACCUAUCAAGCGGACAAGUUGUCCUCUGCUACCAACCCAGACAUAGCUGACUCGAUGGCUAUCAGCUUCCUUUUAGACCGCUACAGUUUCCCUGUGGUUCUGCCCACCUCCAGUCUCAGCCCGACUAAAUCUGAUGUUUCCUCUAAUGAGCCCUCCCACUCACCCCAAUCCACCUUAUCAAGCACAGAUUUGUCCUCUAAGAAUGGGAAACCUCAGAAGGACUCAUUGACUGACACAGUCACUCUCAGAUCCCGGUCUCCAGUCACCACUACCAGCAGGGAUUGCCUCAAAAGAUUCCGGGAGGAGAGUGUCCGCUACGCCUCGAAUCUCCCCCAUUUCUUACGCAAUGUUGACUGGAUGAAUCGCAGUGUGGUUGAAGAUGUCCACUGGCUCUUGGGAAAUUGGGAUCCUAGUGAACUGGAUUUAACAGUGGCCUUAGAGCUGUUAAGCAUGGACUUUGCUGAUAUGACCGUCAGGAGACUAGCCGUCCAGAGAUUGGAGAGCCUGUCCAAUGAUGAUGUGCUAAAGUAUUUGCUUCAGCUGGUGCAGACACUCAAAGUGGAACCUUACCACGACAGUUGCCUCGCUCGGUACCUCAUCCAAAGAGCUCUGCGGAGCAAGAGACUCGGCCACUUCUUCUUCUGGUAUGUCCGCAGUGAGGUGGCAGGGUGUCCGUAUUUCCGCCAGCGCAUGGCUGUGAUUCUGGAAGCCUACCUGCUGGGCUGCGGUCAGGCCAUGCUGGACAGCUUCACCCUGCAGGUCCAGGCUGUGGAGGCACUACAGGUGGUUGCAAUAGCAAUCAAAAAGAUCUACCCCGACAGAACGGAUCUUGAUUCUACAACUCCCCUCAGACUUCAAGAGCUUCUUAGGAACUCCAAUCUGCCAAAUGAGUUCUUGCUGCCCUAUGACCCCCGCAUCAAAGCUGGAAGGAUCUUGCUGGAUAAAUGUAAGGUGAUGGCCUCUAAGAAGAAGCCGCUGUGGCUGGAGUUCUCUCCCAUGCCGUCUCCCAGUUCCCCUACACCUGUCGGAAUAAUCUUCAAACAGGGGGACGACCUCAGACAGGACAUGCUGGUCCUUCAGACGCUGGUGGUGAUGGACUCUAUCUGGCAGGAGAAGUCUCUGGACCUUAACCUUGUUCCAUACGGCUGCAUCUCUACGGGAAACAACAUAGGUAUGAUAGAGAUUGUGAGGGAUGCGGCGACCAUCGCCACCGUGCAGAGGAUCCAUGGAGGAACCAUAGGAGCCUUCAAAAACGAUGCUCUGUUUGAGUGGCUAAAGUCCAAAUGUCCACUCCAGGAAAUACACUUCAAGACGGUGGAGAGAUUUGUGAAGUCCUGUGCUGGGUACUGUGUGGCCACCUAUGUGUUGGGUAUCGGAGAUCGACAUAAUGACAACAUCAUGAUCACAGACCAAGGGAACCUGUUUCACAUCGACUUCGGUCACAUCCUGGGUAACAGGAAGAGCUUCCUCGGCGUGAGCAGGGAGCGUGUACCGUUUGUCCUCACACCUGACUUCCUGUAUGUCAUGGGCAGGGGCAAAGGGAGCAACAGCCUCUACUUUCAGCGGUUCAGGGACACUUGCACCCAGGCGUACCUCUCCCUGCGCUCUCACUCUCGCUUGCUAGUCACUCUGUUCUCCCUCAUGCUGCUGACAGGCAUCCCGGAGCUGAGCGCUGCAGAGGACAUGCGCUACCUACGGGAUGCGCUGCAGCAGGAGCAGAGUGAGGCGGAGGCCAAAGAGCACUUCCUCCACCAGAUCUCUGAGUGUGAGCGGCUGGACUGGACCGUGCAGGCCAACUGGUGGAUCCACAUGAUGGCGGGAAUCAAGUAGACUGUUGGAGAUGAGACAUUUUAAAGGGGCCCUACCCUGUUUUUUGGGGUCUUCCCUUUCCUGUAGUUGGUUUUAUAGGUUUUUGUGCAUGUAAAUGGUCUGCAGAGGCUAAAAUCCUUUCUUCCCUACAGAGGGAGUUUCUCUCCCACACACUCCCCCCCCGAAAACGCCUCCGUUGGACUCCUUUGUUUACUUCCGUAAAAUAGUGACAUCAAUAAGUAACACUUGUGCUCCCAUUGGCUAGCACUCCAACACAUUGUAAGUGAUAGG